GCUUUGCGUCGUACCCCGUAGGGAUCGUCAUUCAGUAUGGUUUGGCUCGGGUGAAAACUUUAACAACUUUCUGAGUUUUGAGUAGUUUUUGCGCAAAGUGACAAAACAGGAUUUUGAACGGCGCGGCGCGGGUGAAACGUUUCGUGGAGUUAUGAAAUAUAGUCUUCGGUUCUGACCUUAGGCGGAAUAGCGACGGGUGUAUUCUGCGAGGAAAAGAAGCAAAGUAUCAUCAUUGGAGCCAAGUGUUGCUCCUUGAAGCUUUAACAGGCGGUGUUUGUUGCUUUAGCAGUAGCAGCCACUCGGUGGUUGCUUCCUGCGCCCGGAGAUGCCUGGAGUGGUGUUCCUGGUUAGUGUGCCAACAGCGAAUUACGAACGAGCACUAAUUAAUGGGCUCGAUUACGGCAACAGUGAGCUUCUGCCACCGCCACCACUGCACCAGGCUGGCACCGGACACAAUCUGAACAUCAGCGUACCGGAAAAUGCAGUUCAAUCGAGUGUAGGUCCGCCGCCAGCGCCAACUCCAAACGAAACAGCGGCAAAUGCCAUCCUGCGGUUGGAAGUCGAACUACGCGAUAAGCACGCGCAGCAAAACAAUCGAAGGCAGGCGAAAGCGCGGCCCUCGCAGCCGCCACCCGCUUACGGGAAGGUCGUUCGCGGCGGUGCUGGCGUUGGGGUCAAGCAACGGAACGAUCAGUGCUUUGUGCCGAUGGAGAAGGUCCUUGACGAGUUGCUGAAAAAGCUGGAGAUUGAGCACGUGCUGUGGCAAGCGGAUCGGGUCGGUCACUAUUACCAGGUGCUGUUCCCGUUGCCAGCCGGUGAUCCGUGCGAGACCACUCUUCACUGUUUGACCGAGUUGGGUAUCGGCGUCCGGGCCAACUCAACCGUCAGUGUCCUUCCAUGCAGUGUCAGCUACGAUAGUUCCGCACUUGACGGCAACGACAACGAUGAUGAAUAUGGCGACGACGGCGGUGCCAGCGAGGAAAACUCCAAAUGGAACAACUUUGUCGACUCGAUUCGGUCCAAGCUGACGGUGAAACAGGUGGUCGACGGGGUCCGCGCCGGUGGUUCGUUAUCGUUCGACUAUCUGCUGCUUAUCGUUACGGCCGAUUCUCUGGCCGCGCUUGGACUGGUGGAAAACAAUGCACCGAACAUCGUAGCUGCCAUGUUGGUUUCACCCCUGAUGGGUCCAGUGAUGUCGAUUACCUUUGGAGCGAUAAUUGCCGACCGGGAGCUGGUGAGAGUUGGUUUUACAUCGCUUGCACUGGGUAUGUUCAUUUCGAUUUUGUUUGGCUUCAUUUUUGGGUUGAUCCUGGGCACAACCGAGAUGCCAUGGGGACUCGGAGAUUUUCCCACGGAGGAGAUGAAGGGGCGCGGUAAUGCUCGGUCCCUAUGGAUGGGAAUUCUUUGGGCGCUGACAUCGGGUAGCGGCGUCGCGGUGGCGUUACUCCAAGGAUCAGCCGGGCCAUUGAUUGGUGUUGCCAUUUCUGCCUCACUGCUUCCGCCGGUGGUAAAUUGUGGUCUUUUCUGGGCGCUGGCCUGUAUUUGGUUAAUUUACGAGGACAUUAAAAUUCCACAUCUGAAGGGCGAAGCCUACACCGGAAACUCGAGCUAUCAGUUCCUGUAUACCAAUUACAUCCCGACGGAAUUUCUAAUUAGUGGAAUCGUUUCCGCCCUGCUCACGGUGAUCAACGUCAUUUGCAUCUUCAUCACGGCCAUUGUUGUGCUCAAGAUAAAGGAGGUGGCCGCGCCGUACACUUCUAGUCCGGACUUGCGUAGAUUCUGGGAAACCGAUAUCCGUACGGCUCGAACGGCGAACCGGACAACAAUCAGGAGAAGGCAAAACGGGGAAGCUGAUGUUAUGUCGACGUACGCCGAAGUGGAAAAUCAUCCAAAGGCUCGUGGACUGGAAACUGCCCUGGGGCAAGCACUGAAAGAAGCCGUCGACGAUGAUACCUACCGAAAGGUGAAGCGGAUGAGUUAUUCCGGCAACGCCGCCAGUGAGAUUGCAGAGCGGCUCUUCGGGAUAACAGGAUCCAGUUCUAGUAAUAGCAACAAUGGUCUACCUGCAAGCCCCACCUCAAUUCGGAACUCUCAGAAUGCAGCCGAUCUAAAACUUCUGGAAAAACUGGUCUCGUCACUUCUGGAAUCGCAAGACUCAUCGACGGGAGCGAACCAUGGAACGAUAAUGCAACGUUUGCGACCUAUGUCGCGUUCGUUUCGACUGCAAAGUUCCAUCCGAAAGAAGAACCCUCAGGGGGGCACAAACGGUUUAGAUGGACCGAUGCCGACGAUUCGUGAAUCGGGUGGCGGCAGCCGUAAUCGAGCCAACUCCUGGGGCAAUCCGAAUAGCAGCAACGUGAGAAGGGUGCUGAACUCGAUUGCAAAUGCUCCCCAUCGGCUGAGCCAAUCUCUAUCGCCGGAUGGACGUGACGAUGAGGAGAGGAGCAAUCUCACACAGAAUAUUCUCUAGGCAGUACCUAUAUGAAGAGUUAAUGCGAUCACGUAAAAUUGUUAUCUUGUUAUAAUAUUUCGACCUAAUUAAUCGAGUGGUGCAGGGGGGUACCUAAUCAAUAAUAUUACUAUUCAU